AUCCGGUUUACUGAUCAUCGGAUAACAAAAGGCAGAAAGUACGACGAAGGACCUCAGUGUUCCUCCCAUGGCUUCCACAACCCAUUUACCCUUCUCUCCCCCUCUUUCUAUCUUUAAAAACCCAAUUAAAAAAUCCCAAGUUGUUGUCUCUUUCACCAAACCUCGACUUCAAGUGAAAAUUCACGCAACGGGAACGGAUAUGGUCGGCGAUUUUGGAGCCAGGGACCCAUUUCCAGCAGAGAUAGAAAGCAAUUUUACUGAGAAAGUGCUGGGAAAUGUAGAUACUGAGCAUAAGAUUUUGAUUCCAACUGCUGCCGCUCUGUCUCUUUCGCAACAACAGUGUACUCCCAUUUCUCAUCUUCAGCAACCUAUUCCUGAGGAUGAAGCCAAAAAGAUGCUGUUCAAGGUUGUUGGCUGGAGACUUGUACAUGAAGAAGGGGGUAUAAAGCUUCAAGGUUUAUGGAAAUUGAGGGAUUUCAAGUGUGCGGUUGAACUCAUUAAUAGGAUAUGCAGGGUUGUAGAGCCUACGGGGCACUUUCCUACUCUUCAUCUAGAGCAGCCCAAUCAAGUUAGAGCUGAACUAUGGACUGCUUCAAUUGGAGGUUUGAGCAUGAAUGAUUUCAUUGUUGCUGCUAAAAUAGACGAGAUAAAAACAUCAGAUCUUGUCCUCCGAAAGAGAGUUUGGGCGUAACUGCAGAAUUAGAUGCCAUGUAAGCUCUUCUUUUUUCCAGCCUAUCUAGCCAUGUUGAUCAAUUUUUACUACUGUUUAGUGUUGAAUCCUUGUUACAAAUUCAUUACAUUUAGAAAAGACUGGAAUGUAAUGAAGCGGUGCCAAUUCAAUGGAAA